UAAAUCCGCAAACUAGCAUCAAAUAAAUCCGUUAAUUGGGAACAGUCAAAAUAAUCUCAUGGAAUCUGUAAAGUGAUCUCGGUAAUCCGUGCCUAACCGAGAGCCGCUGGUUAACGCAGCCGCCAUAUAACACCCAGGCAUCACACAAGAACAACACGACGACUUGCUCUUUUUUUCUGAUUCGUUAAGAGCCUAACAACUGUCUUGUAGCUUCAGUGUCAAUAAGGGACUCUCUGACAGCGGUCGAUGGCUUGUCUCCUGAGGCUCUUUCCUCGUGCUCGAUAGCAGGCUUUGACAGUACUACCCAGUAUUUCCGAGUGGUAUAUAGCUUAUCUUAUAAGUGCAGCACCGUGCUGUCAACAUAGCUCGGACAGCGAUAAAACCAGCUUUGAGGGACAAGUUGCUGUGAACUGGCAGAGCACGUCGGCACGCAAUGAAUCGGUGAGGCGGAGCGAGUCUCCAUUCUAAAGAACUCAUCAAUCCGAACAGGGCAGCGCCAACGGCCGCACACUGCCAUUGCUGCACCGGACUCCGCGGAAUGAAGUUCCAAGGAAGAUUCGUCUCAUUCCAGGAUGUAGGCUUUACCUAAAGAGGAUUUCCCCGCAUCAACUACAUAGCUUUUACAACAUAUUUUACUUUAGAAACCAGGAGAAGCUUUUACUGGAAGCAGCGCAUUCGUUUUCACAUACUGAGCUUUGGAAUGACAGUUGAGCUCUGCGUAAUUGGAAGCGGGAAAAGGGCAUUUAUAGUCAGUUUGUCAGGGAACCUUUACUUCUCGAAGAACCCUACAUGGAUAUAAGACUAUAAUGAUCUUGGUUGUUAUGUGAUGGUAUCUUCUGUAUCUGUGGGAACUAAAUGAUUGUCCGUCCUAAACGGUGCCAGUGAGAGUGCCUCUACUGAGCUAAAGGUCCAGAUAUCUUGACUGGUUAUGGUGCGUCUUCAAGAACACUGUCGAUAAAAAGGGGCAUUCAUUAUCAUCCACGGUAAUUCAACAUACAUGGGCUAUUCACUACAAACCACAGAUCGUCAGAUACCGGAGCGGAAUUGCUACACCGCGGAAUAAAGGUCCUUCCUCCCACCACACACCUGGAUUCUGACUCCUGAUUGGUGUCCAAAUCUGUCUCCCUGAUGCCCCUGGGGCUCUCUGCCCCCCUGCCCACCUCUUCAUGCCCCAGAACACACCUGUCAGCUGCUGUUUCCCCUCCUCAAUGACUCUCUUCUCCAGCGCCUCCACUCUACCACUAUCUUCAUGAAGCUCUUCCACCAGCCAAGACACACCUGAUAGAGUUUUCCCCAGCGAGCCGCAGGAGGAUGGAACGGCUGAUCUUCUCCCUGCUGAUGCUGGUCGUGACCACCAGGGGGCAGCUCUGCCCCAAGCGCUGCAUGUGCCAGAACCUGUCGCCCUCGCUCGCCAUCCUUUGCGCCAAGACGGGCCUGCUGUUCGUCCCCACGGCGAUCGACCGGCGGACGGUGGAGCUGCGCCUGACGGAGAACUUCAUCACGGCCGUGAGGAAGCGCGACUUCGCCAACAUGACCAGCCUGCUGCACCUGACGCUGUCGCGCAACACCAUCAGCCAGAUCCUGCCCUACGCCUUCGAGGACCUCAAGAGGCUCCGCGCGCUGCACCUGGACAGCAACCGCCUCACCGUCGUCAGGGACGACCACUUCCGAGGCCUGACCAACCUGCGUCACCUGAUCCUGAGCAACAACCAGCUGCACAGCGUAUCGCCACACGCCUUCGACGACUUUGUGUCCACCCUGGAGGACCUGGACCUGUCCUACAACAACCUGGCGGAAAUCCCCUGGGAAACCAUUGGACGCCUAACCAACGUCAACACCCUCAACAUGGACCACAACCUGAUCGAGAACGUUCCUCAGGGCGUCUUCACCAACCUGCACAAGCUUGCUCGUCUGGACAUGACCUCCAACAAGCUGAAAAAGAUCCCUCCAGACCCUCUGUUCCUCAGGAUCCCCGUCUACGCCAAGUCCAAAGGUUUCCCUCUCACCUCACUGGUGAUGAGCUUCGGGGGGAACCCACUCCACUGUAACUGUGAGCUUCUGUGGCUUCGAAGGCUGACCCGCGAGGACGAUCUGGAGACCUGCGCCUCGCCGCCGGAUCUCUCUGCCAAGUACUUCUGGACCAUCUCUGAAGAGGAAUUCAUCUGUGACCCCCCGGUCAUGACACGGAAGUCGCCUCGCAUGCUCUCCAUGGAGGGCCAACCCACCAGCCUGAGGUGCAAGGCCAACGGCGACCCCGAACCGGAGGUCCACUGGAUCUCCCCGGACGGACGCCUCAUCUCCAACUCCUCCAGGUUCCUCACCUUCAGCAACGGCAGCCUGGAGAUCAACAUCACCUCCGUGAAGGACUCGGGUACUUUCACCUGCAUCGCCUCCAACGCGGCGGGGGAAUCUACCGGAACUGUGGAGCUGGUGGUCAGCCCGCUGCCCCACCUGGCGAACAGUACCAGCCGCGUUCGAGAGCCUCCCCCCAUCCUCACCCCCAAGGCGACAGCCGGGGGAGGGGGGGGCAAUGAGACCAGGGGACAGGAACAAAGGGUGGUUCUGGUGGAACUGACAGGGACCUCGGCCCUGAUCCGCUGGCCUAGCCAAAAGGCGGUUCCAGGUGUUCGCAUGUACCAAGUCCAGUACAACAGCUCUGUGGACGAUGCUCUGGUCUACAGGAUGAUACCCUCCAGCAGUCAGGACUUCCUGGUUCGUGACCUGGUGUCAGGCCGGGAGUACGACCUGUGCGUGUUGGCGGUGUACGACGACGGCAUGACGGCCCUCACCGCCACUCGCCAAGUGGGCUGCGUCCAGUUCACCACGGAAACCGAGUUCAGCCAAUGUCAGUCGCUGCACAGCCACUUCCUGGGCGGCACCAUGAUCAUCAUCAUCGGCGGCAUUAUCGUGGCGUCAGUCCUCGUCUUCAUCAUCAUCCUCAUGAUCCGCUACAAGGUCUACAGCCAGCAGGGGGGCGACGUGGGCAAGGGAGGCACCCUGGGCACACUGCGCACCCAGUCCAACGGAGGCCAGACCGGAGGCCAAGUGCCCCGUUCAGGGUCAAAGGUCACCGAGGGCCAGGAGGAGCCGGCCCAACCCUGUGGAGGGGUGGGGGCGGGGCUGGGCGGGGCAGCGGCACCAAGCCCCGCCCUCAGGGACACCAUGGCACUGGUGGAGGACUGUGAGAGAGGCCUUGGGAAGGACCCGGCCGCCCAGACCGGGCCCCAGGACCUCAUGUCACCCUCCCAGCGACGACUCUCCAGGACGGCCAUAGAGAUGAAGAGGAGAGCCUCCCUCACAGCCAAAGACUCCAGCGGCCUGGACACACUGGGAAAUAUUCCGGUGGCAUCAGCAGCAGAAGACCAGAAGCCUCAGAGAGACUGGAGCGACUUCAAGAUAUGACGCUUCUCUCUGCGACUCUGCCAGAGGCACAUCAUGUCUAGCAGAGGAGAGCUGAUUGCUCCAGGAUUCCAGAACUGGGGCGGAGCUGGAGAUGUCAUAGUAAUAAACAGUAUCAGAUGACAUCAGAACACUUGGUGGACUCUUUGCAAACAACCCCCCCCCCUUCCACCACCUCCUUUCAAUUGUCAUCUGUUCUUCACCCUUCUCGAACUCUUCAACUCUUUUUUGCAAGUCUCUAACUGCCCGUUCUCUCCUGCACUCGUAUGGCUGGUCUAUCAUCCAUGUAUUCUAGAACUGUCCUGACUUUAGGAUGCCAGUGUUCCAGGACCAUGCAGGUACAUUGCUGAGCUCUAAUAUGACUACACCUGGACCAGGAGACAGGGAACAGCUCUUCUGUCCACAGACUAUCACAGACUGUCAUUACCCCAGCAACACGGCACCUGGAAAAACAAUACACAACAAUAAUGUGUCUGGAUAGAGAUAAUAUUUUCUGGUUGGAUUGUACCUGAUUGCACCUGCUUCUUCCUGGACCUGGUUCUGGUUCUAGAACCUGUUCUGGACCUGGACCUGUCUGGUUCUAGACCCUGUUCUGGAUGUGUACCUGGUUUUGGUUCUAGUGGUUCUGGAUCUAUAUCUGGACCUGAUUAUAAGUGAUGCCCAGCCUGUAGGAUCUCCAGACAGGUCUGUCCGGACUCUGGGACGCACCGCCACGAAGUGACCAGGAGCCACAACCAAGCAUGUCUGUGCCGCCAUUAUCAUCCUCUUCCUACUGCUCCUCCUCCUCCUUUUCAUCACCUGUGCUGCGUGGCCUGACUCAGACAGUUGUUAUCCGAAGAGAGAGACGAACUGAAGCACAGACAUACGCACCCUGAGAGAACACACACACGCAGACCUGAACGACCAGAGGAUGGACAGACUGGUCCGGAACCUUCCACUGGAUUCAUCCUCCUCAGUGUUUCACUCACGUAUUGUUUUGGCUUUAUCUUUUGUAUCUGUACAUAAUGCAAUUUAAAAAAUCUUAUAGUUUUGUACAUGUAAUUUUUAUGGUGUG